CACUCUCCCUCAACUCGCCCAUCAUCACGACUACAAAGCCGGUCUCCCUCCUCUUUGGUGCUUGUCUGCCUGCGCCAUCUUCCUCACCCCGUUACGGUGCUGUCUGUCUUGAGAUCGCGCUGUGCUAGUAGCGAGGCUAGUCUUCACCAGGCCUUGUCUAUCAUCUAGUCUUCACAAUCUGGAAAGUGUUGUUGAAGCAUUGGUGUUGCAGCUGCGACAUUUUGUUGGAGGUACUAAAGGAAACCAUUUCCGCCAGAGAUAUGAACUCUGUGAGUAGUUAGGUAGUCUGGUAUUGUCCGGUGGAAAUAGAGAGGUCUAGGAAAAUUUUCGAAAGGAGUGUGUACAGAAUGGUGCGAGGACGUGAAGUUAGCAUCAGAUGUUGUUACGCGGGGUGUACAACUUGUCCACACUCAUCUCGGUCAGCCAGUUUACGUUGAAGUGGAGGAUGGCUUUCACAGUGAAUGGCAUUUCAAACUGAGUAAAUUGAAGGCGACGGAGAUUUUAGCUUGUUAUUUAGGUUUGGAACAGAGUUUUUUCGGCACGGUCAGCAUAAUGGAAGGGUGUGACAAGAUUGCGUCUUCUCUUUCGUUGAAGAGAAAGGUCUUGAACACAAUGUCUGAAGAGACCGUGAAGCGAGAGUAUUCUCCCCACGGAGAGACCGUUAGAGGCAACGGGUUUCAGAGAGCCCAAAAGAGGGUGAGAGUGAUAUGCACGGACCCCGACGCAACCGAUUCGUCGAGUGACGAGGAGGACACUAUCCGCAUGGUUAGAAAUUCGCAGAGAAGAUUAGUGCGUGAGAUUCACUUGUCCUCAGAGACCUUCGCUGCCGAAGAGUCUUCUUCUGACAGUGACCUCGAUGAACCCGAGGUGCCGAGUUACCAUACCGUCUUCACUGCCGAGGCAAUGCAUUGCCCUGUGAGCUACGCUAGACAGAUUGAUAACGAAGCGGUAUUUGAGUCUUCCAAUUUUUAUGAGAAAUCGUGGCAAUCAAAAAGGAUAGCUCCCAAGAUGUCGGAGAAGAAGGUGCCCAGGGUUACUGCAACCAUGUCUGUAGUCAAGACAAAGAACAGCAGCGCUGCUCCUUCAGUUAAUGUUGGUAGAAGUGUUGAAGUGUCAAAUGUUAAUCCUCUGGCUACGGCCAAGCCAGUAGCGAUGGCUGCCUCAGUUUCGGCCAGGAGCGAUGGCAAGCCUCAAAAGUACAGGGGCGUAAGGCAGAGGCCGUGGGGGAAGUGGGCCGCCGAGAUCCGGGAUCCUUCUAAAGGAGUUCGGCUAUGGUUGGGAACGUACGACACCGCGGAGCAAGCAGCAGAGGCAUACGAUAAAGCUGCGCGGGAGAUUCGCGGACCCGCUGCGCAUACGAAUUUCAGUGCGGGGAGGAAGGUUGAAGUAGCGACGACGACGAAAUCCGCGUGUGAGGUGUUGUCGAAGAAGAGCACGAAGAAAGUUGAGGCAUUGGCGAAGGGGUCUCGAAGUUGUAAGAAGGAGGGGGUGACGUGUGAGAGGAAGGAGGUGGAAGUUGGGAGAGGUGGGUGUAGUUCGGAGCCAUUGUGCGCUGUGGAAGUUGAGAGGAUUACGGACGCGGACAGUACAGAGAGCUGCAUGUACCGCUGCGAUGACGAGGAAACGCAAGUGUUGGAUGCAUACGAUAUUUUAGAUGAGGUUAUGUUGGACCAUGACCUGUUUGACAAUCCCAGCGAGGAUUUGGAGAACUUUAGUGAGGAUUGUGAGUACUUGAUGCGUUCACCGUCGUCAUUUAGUUCAGGUGAUGGGUCGGAGGGGUCGCCUUGCUCCAGCCUCACCGCUUGCGAGCGGUCGCCGUCCUCUAGCGUAAUGGCUAGCGACGGCUUCUACGAGAGCAGCUCGGAGAACCAGUCUGAUUCGGACUCGGACCACUCCGAAAAUUUGAAUGAGAGCAAUGGCUUAGCGGAAGUCCAGAGUGCGUGCGAUCUGGGAGACGUGUUUUUGUCGGAUUUCUUGUUCGAUUUCCCAGGUGUCAACGGUGAAUGCGGUUCACCAGACGACGCGCUAGAAAUCGCCGCCGGGUUCGAUUUUUUGGGGGGUGACUUGGGUGAUCUGGCAUUCGAGUGUGACUACAGCGAAGGCUUGGACUGGUUGAACUCUACCGACAUUCUCGUCGCUUAAUCUCCGAAGCUACCAAUACAUCCCACCUUCCUCAUUCUAUCACACUCGAGUGCCGAACUAUUUCUCCUCAAAGCCACCCCAGGUUGCUACUUCAACAAAGUGAUGAGAGAGAGCUCACACUGCAUGAUACCCCUCGAGAGUCGACCCGAAUUAUUCUGAACGCUGUUCGAAGCCGACCUGAGCUUCACGAGAUUAUUACAUAUAAAUAUAUUUUUUGUAGAUUUCGAGCUUCGUCUGCGAGUGAGGCCCGAAUAGCCAGCAGAAGUGGGUAGAUUAGAGUAGUAUUUUAGUAGUGUUACCCCAUGAUAUGAGCAUUACAUUAAACGGGAACCAGAAGUUGGGUACCUCAUUUUUGACGACGGGGGUUAGUGUCAUGCCGGGGAGUCAUCAACUUUGACCUGCACCCUUAAGAAUUUGUUUAAGUUACAGUUCCACAUAAUCACGCACAAAGCUCCUUUCUUUUAACUACUUUGUCACCGGAUAUGAGUACCGAGGGACCCGUUUAACUGAGAUUUUUUCUCUUUGAAUUGACAUAUAAUCUGAUCACUGGUUAUGUCA